UGAGGCAGACCGUCAAAUCGUGAAAAUUAAAAGCUAGAGGUCGUUGAACCGUCAACGCACUAUGACUCGUUACAAGCUCGUGUUUGUUUUAAUCUUCGUAGUAUUAUCACAAGUUUUGAAUUAUGUUAGUGCUUUGAAUAUACUAGCUAUAGUGUCUUUGCCUCUCAAAAGCCAUUACAUGGCCUUCCAGACGCUAUUUCGUGAACUAGCUAUCCGAGGACACUCAGUCACAGUUAUCAAUAACUUUCCCGAAAAGAAUCCUGUACCAAAUUUAAAGUUCAUUAACAUUAACGCACCAAUUACCCCAUUCCCAGAAAUGUCUUUUUUUGAAAAUAAAACUUCCUCGUUUUCGCAUUUAUUAAAUUUCAAAGUACAUUUUACAAUAGGUCCAAUGAAUGUGAAGCAGGAUUGUGAACUUUUUUUUAGUAAUAAACAUGUUGAGGCGUUUCGGAAAAGAGAAGAUAAGUUUGAUGUGAUAUUUGUUGAGCAAUUCAUGAGUGACUGUGGACUUGUUUAUGCGGCUGCGUUGUACGAUGCACCUAUUAUUGGAAUAACGUCGCACACUAUGCUACCUUGGUCUUAUUCAAGGCUUGGGGUUCCGUUCGAUAUUGCAUCGAAUGCAUUUUAUUUCUCAAACUCGGGGACGAAUCCGUCCGUAUAUCAGAAAGUUGAGAGUUAUCUUAUGAAUGUAUAUGCGAACACGAUUGGUUUAUGGCAACUACAUAGAUCUAUUUAUGAGACAUUUAAAAAGAAUCUUCCAAAUAUUGCGUUGGACGUGGAGAAGAUAGCUAGGGACAGGAUGAAAAUGUUGUUUGCUUAUCAACAUUAUUCAAUAACUGGAUCUAGGUUACUUGCACCGCAGCUACUUGAAAUUGCUGGAAUGCAUAUCGGUAAACCGCAGCCAGUGCCCGAGGAUAUAGAAAAGUUUAUAUCCAGUGCGAAGCACGGUGUUGUUUACGUUAGCUUUGGAUCUAAUUUAAAAACGAGCACUAUGUCGAAGAAUAAAAUGGAACAAUUUAUUCUCGCGUUUAAGAAAAUCCCCCAAAAGGUCCUUUGGAAGUUGGAAGACCCGACGUUUUCAGUCAGUAAUGAUAAUUUAUUAACAAGCAGCUGGUUCCCUCAAUUAGACAUUUUAUGUCAUCCAAAUGUAAAAGCAUUUGUGUCUCACGGUGGAAUGCUUAGUAUUUCUGAAGCAGCUCAUUGUGGGACGCCAUUGUUGACGAUUCCUUUCUUUGGAGAUCAAUUUUCUAACUCGGCGGCUGUGGCUGAUAGUGGACUGGGUACAACUAUCCACUUUGAUCACCUUAACGCUGACAAUUUGGUUGAAGCUAUCAAGCAUUUGUCGUCUUCAGAGAUUCAGCAAAAUGCUCAACGAAUUUCCAAGCUUUGGCAUGAUAGGCCUAUGAAUGUCUUGGACAGCGCCAUCUUCUGGACGGAGUACGUAGCAAGAAACAAAAUGGCGCCACCGUCACUACCUUCGACUCACAUCACAUGGUUUAAAUGUUCACUGUUAGAUGUCUAUAGUAUUCUAAUUUUAAUGGUAUUACUAAUUUUGUCUGUAGUCUAUCUGAUUUUUAAAUUAUUUAAGUUAGUUUUUACGAUAUUUGUUAACUUAUUUAAAUCAGAAAAUAAACAAAAAACAAAGAAAAAACGAUCGUAAUUGUUAAAGUUACAAAAUUAUAU